AUGUCUUCGAAGCCAUACAGAUCUCGAGAUGCGUGUGAAGUUUGUCACCGUCGGAAAGUUCGGUGCGUUCUCGAACCAGACAGUCGGGCAUGCCAGUUAUGUACCACGAAUGGACUUCCAUGUAUCUUUGCACCUCGCUCUAAACCUGGUCGACCCCGUCGUGAAAACAGCAAUGUUUCGAUUGCUCGUCCAAUAAUACCAGAGGGUCAGGGAGAGCACCCACCGUUACAAAGCCAACAACAGCUGGGCCAUGCACAGCUCAAUGACCAGCAGCAGUUUCAGCCAUAUCCACAGACAUAUGACGCUCGCGAUGAUGCCGACGCGGUCUUUUUCCGCGACGUUGAAGUAGAUCAUGAUGGUACAUCCAUCGGUGUCUUUGCGUAUCCGUCGCUUUGGGAGACGAAUUUUGAAGGCGGUGGAGAAAUGUUACCAGCUCCCGAAGAUGGAACGAAAGCGGGGAUGCCAUCAACAAUACAUGGACAGCGAAAUGUUAUAACGAGACAUGCGACACAAGAAUUGAUGCCAUACCAGCCACCCGCGCCAAUAUCCAGCGCAGCAUCAAAUCCGGGAACCGAGUUCUCGAAUGAUCUGGGCAGUGGGUCCAACACAUUCACAACUACUCUUCAACUUUGUCUUGAGCUGGACCGGCACUACUGUUCAUUACAACAAGAUCAAAAGUUCGAUGAAAACAAGCAACUUAUUUUGGCUGCAAUCGAGUUGACCGGCUCGACCGCAUUGAGCAUCAUUCAUUCUCCCAGCCAGUCAACUUCUCCUUCAGAUGCCCUGGUCCUCGCCGCCACUCUCAAAGUUCUGGACCUCUGUCAAACAAUGCUACAAUUAUCACAGACAUCACAAACGAACGACGCGAAUGAAAAAGCAAACGAAUUGGAACAUCUGUUUUUUCUUAAGCGACUGGACAUCGCUCUUCUCCAAGCUCGAACGUUUCUAGCCCAUCGCAGUCACUCCGGCGCGGCGGACAAGGCCUUGCAGAUACACAGAUCUCUUACAACCACUCUCAAAUCGCAGUUCGAGCCGUAUAUGUGGUGA